GUGAUUUGGGAAAGGUGUCAAAGGUGUUAUGCCCUCAAGUUCUGAAGUUCUGGCUAAUGUGGUAAGAGAAAGCCGGAUUGAAGAGUGGAAGAGCAGCCACUUCAUAAGAAUGUCUUCCAAGCAAGCCACCUCUCCAUUUGCCUGUGCAGCUGAUGGAGAGGAAGCAAUGACCCAAGAUUUGACCUCAAGGGAAAAGGAAGAGGGCAGUGAUCAACAUGUGGCCUCCCAUCUGCCUCUGCACCCCAUAAUGCACAACAAACCUCACUCUGAGGAGCUACCAACACUUGUCAAUACCAUUCAACAGGAUGCUGACUGGGACAGUGUUCUGUCGUCUCAGCAAAGAAUGGAGUCAGAGAAUAAUAAGUUAUGUUCCCUAUAUUCCUUCCGAAAUACCUCUACCUCACCACAUAAGCCUGACGAAGGGAGUCGGGACCGCGAGAUAAUGACCAGUGUUACUUUUGGAACCCCAGAACGCCGCAAAGGGAGCCUUGCCGAUGUGGUGGACACACUGAAACAGAAGAAGCUUGAGGAAAUGACUCGGACUGAACAAGAGGAUUCCUCCUGCAUGGAAAAACUACUUUCAAAAGAUUGGAAGGAAAAAAUGGAAAGAUUAAAUACCAGUGAACUUCUUGGAGAAAUUAAAGGUACACCUGAGAGCUUGGCAGAAAAAGAACGGCAGCUCUCUACCAUGAUUACCCAGCUGAUCAGUUUACGGGAGCAGCUCCUGGCAGCGCAUGAUGAACAGAAAAAACUGGCAGCCUCACAAAUUGAGAAACAACGGCAGCAAAUGGACCUUGCUCGCCAACAGCAAGAACAGAUUGCAAGACAACAGCAGCAACUUCUGCAACAGCAGCACAAAAUUAAUCUCCUGCAGCAACAGAUCCAGGUUCAGGGUCACAUGCCUCCGCUCAUGAUCCCAAUUUUUCCACAUGACCAGCGGACCCUGGCAGCAGCUGCUGCUGCCCAACAGGGAUUCCUCUUUCCCCCUGGAAUAACAUACAAACCAGAAUACUGGAGCAAAUCCAACAGAGAGAUGUGCAGUACAGCCCUGGCAGGUUACCUGCCACAGAUUUCCUUUCCUUAUAGGUACUAUGGUUUAGGUGCUGUCAACACUGAAAGAACACGCUUUGAAAAUUUGGGGCCCCAGUUAACAGGAAAGUCAAGUGAAGAUGGAAAGCUGGGCCCAGGUGUCAUCGAUCUUACUCGGCCAGAAGAUGCAGAGGGAAGUAAAGCAAUGAAUGGCUCUGCAGCUAAACUACAGCAGUAUUAUUGUUGGCCAACAGGAGGUGCCACUGUGGCUGAAGCACGAGUCUACAGGGAUGCCCGUGGCCGGGCCAGCAGUGAGCCACACAUCAAGCGACCAAUGAAUGCAUUCAUGGUUUGGGCGAAGGAUGAGAGGAGGAAAAUCCUUCAGGCCUUUCCUGACAUGCAUAACUCCAACAUUAGCAAAAUCUUAGGGUCUCGCUGGAAAUCCAUGUCCAACCAAGAGAAGCAACCUUAUUAUGAGGAGCAGGCCCGGCUAAGCAAGAUCCACUUAGAGAAGUACCCGAACUAUAAAUACAAACCUCGACCGAAACGCACCUGCAUUGUUGAUGGCAAAAAGCUCCGGAUUGGGGAGUAUAAGCAACUGAUGAGAUCUCGGAGACAGGAGAUGAGGCAGUUCUUUACCGUGGGGCAGCAGCCUCAGAUUCCAAUCACCACAGGAACAGGUGUUGUGUAUCCUGGUGCUAUUACUAUGGCAACUACCACACCAUCACCUCAGAUGACAUCUGACUGCUCUAGCACCUCCGCCAGUCCAGAGCCCAGCCUCCCGGUCAUCCAGAGCACUUAUGGUAUGAAGACAGACGGCGGAAGCCUAGCUGGAAAUGAAAUGAUUAAUGGAGAGGAUGAGAUGGAAAUGUAUGACGACUAUGAAGAUGAUCCCAAAUCAGACUAUAGCAGUGAAAAUGAAGCCCCGGAAGCUGUCAGUGCCAACUGAGGAGUGUUUGUUUGCUGAAUUAAAAUACUCUGACAUUUCACCUCCCCUCCCCCAACAGAAAAGUUCUUAAAGAGCCCGCAUGCAUUUGUGGCUCCACAAUUACAUCAGCAGAAUGGUCUUAAUUGUUUCGUAAAGCGUGAGACAGAUUAAGUUUUCCCAGAUUUUUCAUGAACUUGAGUUUUUUGUCGUUAUUGUUAUUGUUGUUGUUGUUUUUUAAUUUAGGUGAAGACAUAUUAAAUAUGAGACACCAGGACUUGAAAACUUAUCUCAACCCAUAGCUGUCUUACAAGUCUUAUAUUUUGUCUUACUUUUUUUCUUUUGGAUGUUGAUAAAGGUUUAAGUUACUGUUUUAGAUGGGGUUAAACAUUCUCACUCAGGUAUGCUGUGCCAGCCUACAAGUUGUGAAUGUGUUUUUAUUCUGAAUUAUUUUAGAAAACAACUGAGAAUUUCAUAUUGUGAAACAGAACAAGUCCACGGCGUGUGCAGCUGCAUGUAGAGCAUAUUCAAAAGGCCUCAGAAUUCCAUUUUUCCAUGUGUAGAGUUAAACUUUGAAUGUGCCAAACUUUUUCAUAACUUUUGAAUCUUAAUAUUUUGAAAGUCUUAAAGGAGACACUGCAAAGUCUUAGACAAUCUUUGGCAUCUUAAAAUAAAAUAGCAAACCACACAUUUUUUUUUUUCAGAAAAUGGUGAAGUACUCAGGAAUCUGGAGAUAAGAUAUUGUAAGGAAUGAACAAGGUUGCCACAGUGCAUGUACCCAAUUGUGUUUGCCUCUUGACGUGCCAUCAGUGUGUGACGUGGUACGACGUCCACACACCAGAGCGAUCACCACACCAGAUACCGACAUGGUGGUCUUCUCUGCCUGAGACCACCUCUCACUACAUCCAUUAUCCCUUUGCCUUUAACCCUGACAUUCAGUCUUAACACAUUUUCUCUUAAAUAAUUUAUUCAUUCCAGAAUGUCAAGGGUCCACUUACUAUUUAUUUUAAAAAAUUGUUGGUGGCAUUAAUUUAAUAAUUCUUUUUUCUUACCCUCCUUCCCCAAAGAACUUUUCAGCCCUUUUCACCUCCUUCUCCUGCUAGAUACAAAGGUGUACAUAGUGAUUUUUUGUCCCCAGAACAUCUGGAAGCAUUUCUGAAACAAGAUACUACUAAAUACCUAUAUUGUUGUUUUUGAACAUCAGUGUAUAUAUGGCUAUAGAGCUGUGUAUUUGGAUACAGGUGUAGAGAUUUACACUUCAACAGGUAUGCCCCUGAGGUUCCCCGUGACUUUGAAUCUUUUGCCAGAAUUUUCCCCUAAUUCAAUUAAGCAACACGUGGUAGGAUCUGCAUCAGUGGCAUUUCCCCUCAAUGCCAUUCAGCAGCAAGGGUCAACAGUGGUGACUGCCAGGCAGGAGAGUCCCGCAGCCAAUCCUAAAGCCCAAAGCUGCGGUCCACAUAGGAGUCCACAGGGAUGCUGUCACGGGCUGGCACCUUUACACUGAGCUGCCUUGUCCCAUCUGGCACAUCUAGGGAGUUCUUUGCAAAAUCCCCAGGAUGCAAGAAGCCACAUGACAGCCUCAAAGCAAAGAUAGAGGCAAAUAGUCGUGAUACAUCCAGAGAAUGAAAGAAAACCAUAGGGAAGGAGAAGGAGGGGAAAUACAUUCCCUAAAUGGGAUGUUCCUACUGUUAACUCUGGGGAACAGAUCACUCCUGGGGCAGCAGACGAGUUCCUCUGGCUCACUCCCUCCAUCUGUGGCUGCAUGGGGGUCAUGCCUACGUGUGAACAAGAUUAACUGCCCUUGUCACACAAGGAUUUUUCUGGAGAUGUGCUGAUGGGCUGGGAAGCAGUGAGGCUUCAUUCCCCAUCUCCUAACUGCAGGGAGCUCGGCCAUGCCAUUUUGACCUUCCUGAAACCAGGACCGAUUGCCUAGGGGGGGAGCCUCACCCAGAGUAGUUUGAUGGGAGAAUGUCAGCAAAUGGGACAGUUCACCUCAUGGGACAACCAGAAUCUGAUCACCAGGACAUAGGAACGGCCCCAUCAGAUUUCUUGAGCCAUUUUGGCACUUGGAAGAAAAUAGUGUACCUUCAUAUUUAUUUAAGAGUGCUCAAGGCUAUACCUAAUAGCAAUAAAUAGGUCUAGCCAAGACAUUACUGUCUAUGUCAUUAGCUAGGAGUGCUCUCUAUAAACUGAUUAAGGUACUGAUAGGAAUGUUUGGUUCUUAAUAUUGAUUGGGGAUUGGAACUUUGUUUUUGUACAUUUAUUUCAAAUGAGGAGGAGGUCGUUUUCCUAAAAAAAAAAAAAGAGUAUUUAUUAUUGUCUUACUGGUUUCUUUUGAUUAUAUACCUCUCCUCCUCAGUUCAUUCUCACGUUUUUUUCUCUUUCUCUUUGACUCUUGCUCUUGCCCUCUCCCUCUCCUUUUUCAUUUUGUUGCAUAAGUAGAGUGCCGUAUGGCUAGCAUUGUAUUGUAUGUAAUUAAUUUUGCACAAAGGCAGACAUUUAGAAUAGUAGGUUAAUUUUGUUUGUUUUUAUGACCAUGCCAAAAUAAUAUUCUGGGCUGGUGGAGAACAAAGGACUGUUCUUUAGGACUGAAACUUGAUUUUGCUUGUAGUUAAAAAAAAAAAAAAGAAACAAAAAAAGAAAUCAACAAAAAAAACCAACAAAAAACACACACACUCACAGAUGUUGUUUCGUAAGUGUUAUAAGCACUGGAUAUAAAUGGUAUUUUUUAUCACUUCUGACUAAUGUGAAGCUGUUGUACGAAAACUACAUGAACAAAAGUCAUCUGUUUCGACUCGUGUGGGCUUGCCUCACAGUUGCCGGAUUUGAGUCAUUUUUAUGUCUUGUUAUUUCAUUUAUUUAUGCAAAAUACAUGUGUGUAUGAACACUUUGUUUUAGCUCCAGCUCUGCCUCAGUACUGGGGUUCAGUUACUUCUAGCCAUGUUCUUAAAAAUGAAAGGCUAUUCAGGAAUGAUCUGAUUGUAAACGUCUCUUUCAUUGGGUCAAACAGUGAUGCUGUAUUUGAAUCUAAAUUCUGCACAUAAGCAGUUUAUUCUAUUUAUUAGCCAAGUUUGGCUCUAAAUAUCCAUGGAAAUUAAGAAUGACAAUCAUAGGGAUCACGUCAUUUUAUUUUCAGUGGGGCUUAAACAAAGUUUUUAUGACUUCACCAUCUCAUUUUAGAUUUUUCUAAUUGUGUAAAUAUAACAUAGAAAUAGAAUUUAUUUUUGGUUCAUGAAUAUUUAGUGAAAUAUAAGUUAUGUAUUUCCUUUUUGUUCUCUAUCCAUAUAUGUUGGUCCAGACUAGAAGUUGACGAGUCACUGUACCUCAUGGGGUAGUGAAUUAUCAGCCACAGUGAGAAAGCAGAGUCCCACCUGUAGCUGGAGCAGUAAAACCCAUCACUUGGGUUCUCAUAUAGUUUAGAACCCACUGUCCACAGACUCAGACUUUCACUUUUUUUUCGUAUAGAAAGUUGAUGAAUUGAACAUGGUGAAUUUCCAGCACAGCUGGGAGAGAGUCAAUUUGCUUUGUGAAUCCACAUAAAUCUUAUAAGGUAGUUCUGUGACCAUUUAAUAGCAUGAAGCAUGAAUGCCAUUAUAAAGGCAAAAAUCUUUCUCUGAGAUUGGCCAUUAAUGAAAGUCCCACCAUGCCAAUUAAAGAAUGUUAAUCAACUUUUUUUCCCCAUUGCUCCCUAUUUCAUAGUAUCUUCAAAUCAAAGGUAAAAAUUACCUCCAUUUUGUUAAAGAACUUGCAGGAUCAGGAUUUUCCUUGUCACUUAGAGUAGGGACACUGGCAGACAAUCCUGUCCUAAACAAUGGACCAUAUGGAAUAGGAAGGAAGGAAGGAAAGGAAGAAGGAGAAGAAGGAAAGGAAGAAAAAGGAAGAAAGAAAGAAACAAAGAAAGAAAAGAAAGGGAAAGAGGAAGAAAGAAAAGAAAAAGGAAGGAAAGAAAGAAAGGAAGAAAGAAAGAAAAAAAAAAAAGAAAGAAAGAAAGAAAGGGAGAGAGAAAGAAAAGGUCAAUCUGUGGACAGGAGCAGCCAGGGAGGCAGUUUUUCUGUUUCAUUGGCAGAUGCGAUGCAGUAUCUUUUUUCCAGGAAGGUACGAAAGCUUUGUUGUUUUCACCUGUAUUCAGCUCACCCUUUUAGGAGCACAUCAGUUUGCUUCAUUUGGUAUUUGAUACACCCCAGCCUUGUCCUCAGGCCUGAUUUGAUUUGCCAGGGUCCUGACACCAUCUCUCAGGCCAAGUUCUAAAUUCAGGUGCGGGCUCACAGUGCUAUUGAGCUUGUCAAAUUCUGGCCUCCCCUGAACAUUAGCCCCACUGGAGCCUGGGGUGUUUGAAAAGGGUGUGAUCACUCUAGGGCUGAAAUUAAAGGCUUCUUUCUUUUCCUUAUGAAGCCAGGCUGCUUCUCCGGAGCACACCCUCCUGAGCGGGGAGCACGGGCACUAGCUGAAAGCAGGAAUUGUUUUGAGGAAGCCCAUCUAACCCCAGUAGGAAGGCAGCCCGGUCACUUGAACACCACAGCUGAGGCUGCUUCUCUCAAUUUACUCGUUUUGCAAAGAGGUGACCUCUACCUACUCAUUAGGGAAAAGAAAAAGAAUCAGUUAGUAGUUUUAAACCGUAUGAGAAGUCCUGUACCAAGUGCCAACAACUGCAAAGAAUGCAGCUAGAGGAAUGUAUUGACUUUAUUACUGGGUCUUCCUUUCUAAUGAGAAAAUGACAAAAAUGGUUGCUGUAGCCUUGCCUGAUUUUGUACACGUUUGUUUAAGGACUGAGUUGGCACUUAAACUCACUUCUCAAAGUAUAAUAAUAUUGUAUGACCUCAUUUGUCCUUUUUCAAAAGCACUUGCAUCAUUUCCUUAAGUCAUCUGUCCCCUGACAUGUUUUCUUCCUUAAUAAACAACUUCUAUCUGCUAUUCCUGCCGAUUAUGUUCUGUUUCUGAUGCCAUGUACUAUUGAGUGUAACCCUCUGCUAAUAUCACUGAAAAUAUUGAUAUGCAAACACAUUUCCCUCUCAUCCCCAUGCCAUCUUUUCUUCUGGGGACAGAUUUCUUCCCAAAAGCUCAUGAACAAGUAUUUGGAAUGCUGGUACCUUUGGGGCAGGGCUAGAGGUGGGAGGGGGAGGGGCAGAAAGGUAACGCUUAGUGCAGAUACUCUUCUAAUUGGUGUCCGUGGCAAUAUGAAAGCUUAAAGGCAACACAGUGACAUAUCUUGCUCAGUAGCUUCUUAUUCCUGAAGAACCGCAAGCAGAAAGUGAGGCCUCAGUGCUGGUGCUCUUGGAGUACGGGGAAUGUGCAAAUAUUUAACUGUUUUGUAUGCUGCACAUUUGCAGACCUGCUCAUGUGCAUUCUCCGUUUGUCUUCCUUUGUCAUAUGUGUUUUUGCUUUUUUGAAAAGUGCAGUCUUUAUUGUACCCUUUCCAGCUUGUAGCAAAUUAGAAUGCUUAGCAUUUAUGUUCAUUCAUUAUUGUAUUUGCCAUGUAAAAUUUUUAUUACCUUAGACAAGCUUAUAAGCUGUUACUACAUAACUUAUCUUACUGUAACUCUUUGAUUUCCCGACAUUGUAAUUUGUUUGUGAUGUAUAUUGUGAGAUUGUAUUCUGUGUUAAUUUAAUCAGCACAAUUCACUGACAUGCUGGACUGAAUGCUGGCUGCUGUUUCAAAAGUGUAAAGUUUGUGUAGGGCUGUUGGGACAACUGCAACUCUGUUGUCAAGGUGCUGUGCUGGUUCCUCUAGCGACACUGCGGGUGCGGCCCUUGGGACGCUAAGGGCGUUGAAUACACCCUUGAGCAAAUUUUAACUGCAGAUAUUCUUUGUAGAAAUUCUGUGUAUAAUGCAGGUACCUACUUGGCCCGUGGCUGGUAACUAUUUGGGCAAUUAGAAAAACAACAAAAACCAUAAAAACUAGUGUCUAUUGCUGCUUUGAAUAUGUUUGAAAGUCUGAAAAUGUAAAUAGUUUAUCAAAAAAAAAAUCUUGUACAGUCCAGUGUAAAGUUUUUAAAUGACCUUAAGGGUUGCCAUCACAUCUUUCUCACACUCUCCUCUUGAUAAUGGAAAAAAAAGUUUGCUAAGGAUUAAAGAAAUGAGAAAAAAAAAAAAGAUUAUCUUCAAAUUUCAAGGAAUGAAUCAUUGUUCUUAGCUUUGUUGCAUACACACACUUCUUGGAUUUCGUUGUGCAGUAUUGACGUGAGAUAAAACUCAACAUUGAAUAAUCUUUCAGUGGUACUUUUCAAAGUCUUCCCCUCCUCUGCCUCAUAAUUAAGGGAAAAGACAAAAUUGAAAGACACUGUCUUUAUCUAUCCUGGUGUAUAUUGGCACCUUAGCUACUUUUUUUUUUUUUCCUUUUUGCACAAGGUGCUUUCCUGAUAUGUUAAACAUGCCAUCUUUGGGUGAUAAUGUAUAUGCCGUGAUGGGGCCGAGGCCCGUCAGGGGAGUGUCUAUAAGAACUGCCUAUUUAUGCUCAUUUACCUCAAGACUGUCCUCUCUACCCUUAAUCUAGUCGUCAUCACUCCAUCUUUUGUACUGCUGUUGACACUUACAAAUUAAAGAUAAAUUUUGUUUUAUGA